CGGCAUCAGGAAGCUUGGAACAAAACAAUGGAGGAGUGAGAGGCUGAGCACUACCACCACACCCACAUUUUUCCCUCCUACCGCUGUUCUGCCGCUCCUGCCACCACGCACACCACACACACACACCACACACCCUCCCUCCUCCAGCCCACGCCCUCAGAACUGUGGUAAAUAAGAUAGGAGAGCUGAAAUAAGGGGGAAAUGUGAGAGCCAGAACAUGCGUCGCCACAAUCUAUAGAGAGAGAGAGAGAGAGAGGGACGGAACAAUGGAUACUCGCAAACGCAGGAAGGAAGGGGGCAGUGUGCUAGCCCCCACCCUAGACAGCCUGCAGGUGUCCCCAAAGAGGGCCAGAGUACAUGCACAGAGGAAGUUUGCCCAGGGGUCCCAGCCAAACAGCCCAGCACCAACCCCAGUGAAGGAGACCAGGGAGCUGCGCGAGAGGACCACCACCUCGGAGCCUCGGACUAGGAGUGCCACCCAGGCUGCCCCGCCACCACCGCCCCUCGACCUGGUGGAGGUUCCCGUGAGGCCGACUGUCGAGGAUUUCCUGACGUUUUUGUGCUACAGGGGCACUAGGAUGCUGCCGCCGAGUCUGGAACACUUCAACUCCCCUCAGCUGGUAGAACAGUCCGGAGAGAGCAGGUGUCAGAGUCCAGCCCGGGAGGAGAGGAGUAGCAGGCUGUCCAAGAAGAGGCAGGAUGGAUACACACUGGACAGGAGGGACAGGGAGAAGGAAUUGUCUAAGGACUCGGUGAAGAAGAACUUGGACCAGGCGACAGAGAGUGACGGCACCUACUCCUUCCCCUACCGAGUGACACGCAGCACGCCCCACCCUCCCCCUGCCCCUGCCCCGACGCCCCCUCCACUCCCCAGCGCCCAGAAGAAGCUGUCCAAGAGGCUCAUGAUGAAGAAGGCGCUAAUCCUGCAAAACAAAGCCAAGACCAUGAGGAUGCAGGAGCGCAAGAAUCUGUCGCUGCGGCGGUGUGAGGUGCAGGUGGCGGACACAGCGGCACUGCAGGGGUCUUCAGUGGCCACGCGCUCCGGCCGGCUGCUGCAGAAAUACCGUCUGUCUGCCACCACAGCCAUCGCACGCAAGAAAGCAAGAGUGGCCAUGCGUUCCUCCAUUAGGCCGAAGCAGAAGUUGUCUAGGAUUUUGCAGAGACUUGGCGGAACAGCACUCACAGCAGACUCCAGAGUGCCGAGAAUAACACGGAGCCAAGCAGAGGGGCGGAGUGAAACCAGUGUGGGGGCGGGGCGAGGGGAGGUGGAGGGCAGGGUGAAGGAGAGGAGUGAGGGAGUGGGGAAGAUGAGGAAGGAGAAGGGGGAGGAUGCGACACAGUUCCCUCGCCCCGUCAGGUUGGUGCGACCCAAGCUGCAUGGAAAGGUCAUCGUCAGAAAGGUCGUUAGGGUCACUCGGGAAGCACUGAAGAACACAGAAAACGGCACUAACCACGUGGACGCCAGCCCCACAACAUCCCCAGGCCAAGCAGCAUCACCACCCCAGUCCCCCGACCAACUCCCACUGGCCAAGAGACUGCGGCGUAGCACCCAGGACGCUGCUGUCACCCACACACCCACUGGGAAGAAGGGAGCUGCCACACAUUCGCACAGGAAGACAGACGCACCCGCACACCUUGAGAACGACAAGUGUACACCCCACACAAGCCUGGAAAACACUGUCACAUCUACCUCAGGGUCAGAAACACCAGCAAACACACCCACAAAGAAUGCACACACACCCAGUAAAAACGCACACACACCCCAUAGGUCCUCCGCCACUUCCUCCCCCACGGUUUCCUCCACUUCGUCGCCACAUAAUACAAGAUCCACGCCGGCCAAGCCCUCGCCGCACUCAGCAAGUCCAAGCCGCAGGUCAGCUAGGGAUGAACGCUCUGCCACCAAAGAACAUGAUGCUGAUAAUGAGGAGGAAAGGACGCCGGUCAUUCGCAUGCGCCCCAGUAGGAGGAGCAGGGAGGGCACCGCACCCUACCUCCACCUGGUGAGUGAUGGGCGAGGCAAUGGCAAGUCCCUCACAGCAGCAGUAGUGGCAGCAGCAGGGGUCACCACACAGGACCACCACAGGGAGGAGGAGGACCAACACCAGGAAGAGCAGCAAAUGGAGGAGGAAGAGGAGGAGGAGGAGGAGGAGGAGGAAGGGAAUGGUGCAAAUGUCAAGGGGCAUAACAGGACCAAAGAAGGCGACGGGGCACAGAGGCCUCAGCAGGGCGGUGCCGGGCCACACGAGGCAUCCCCGACAGAGUCCCCGAGCAAGACGGGUGGCCGCAAGAUUCUCAGGAAGGCUCGGGAGGCGGAGACGGACAGACAGAAUUCCGAACCUGAGAACGUGCGGGUGACGAGACGAACGCCGGCUAAGGAUGAGUCAGGCGGCGGCCGGCGACCCCGGCGAGGCGAUACAGCUGAGGGCACCACCAGAGCCACGGCACGCCCUGAGGCUACACCGGCUGCCUCCAGGAGCCUGCGGAGGACGAGGAGUGACGCUGAUGAUGCGAUGCGGAAGGUGGCGCCGCUGCCUACCCGCCGCGCCUCACUGGAGACGGAUGGCCUGACAGAGGCCGGCAAGCAGCGGCGCAAGGCCCGGUCAGACCCCGCCAGCCACCAGGACAGCGAGGUGGAGGAGAGUGAGCGGCUGUCGACCAACACUCGAUCCAGGAGGGAGCUGAGGCGGGCUGGCCAUGCUGAGGCCAUCCCCGCCAGGAGGUCAGAGGAGAAUGACAAGGCAGCCAGGACCAGGGUGGGCCGGCAUGGUGGUGGGGAGGGGCAUGGUGGCAGUAGCAGUGGCGGUGGCUCCCUGAGGGAUGUGUCGCCGGAGAUCGCCAAGCCGACAGACCUGGUCACCAUUAACGACCUGAAGCCCAAGGUGGAGGCGGAGAUGCUGCCUGCCAAGAGAAACUGCAGCAAGGUGGAGGCCGUCAAGGAGGAGGCCGCCGCCCUCAAGGAUGAGAAGGAAGACAAGGCAGCCUUGGAGAUAAAGAUGGAGGCCAAACCUACCACCACACCCCAGAGGACUCCUGAUGCUGGCGACAACCUGCAUGGGCCAGGAGGCAAGUCCCGGCGGGCCGUGACACAGGAGAGACGGCCCGAACAGCAUGUGUCUCGGGAGAGCACCAGGCAGGCGGCCCUGCGGCGCACAACUGACAAGUCUGACAGCGGCAGUGAGGCAGCAGAGUCCCGCAGUGGCAGCAGGAGUCGCAGCGGGUCUCUGGGUGGCACGGAGCCCCUUGCCCCGGAAGACAAGAAGGCCACCGCUGCUGCUGCCCCACAGAACCGCAGGAAGUCCAUUGGCGGGCGGCGGCGCAGCAGCAACCACGACGAGGCCAAGCUGAAUGAGGUACUGGAGAGCGUAGCCAAGGACUUUGAGCGGGACAUUGACGGCGACCACUAUGACAAGAUGGAGAAGGACCUCAUGAUGGGCAACAAGUCCCCAGACAAGAACGGCGUCGCACCGCCCCCGGACCGCGACGAGGCCGACACCUGGGAUGACCACACUGCCAAUCCCAACGAUGGUGGCAGUGCGGCAGCCAGAGGGGGGGUGGGGCAGGGAGGAGGCGGCGGCGGUGGGGGCAGCCCCAGUCCCCGGAGAGGCACAGCCAGCAAAAAGCUAAGUGACGUGGUGCGCAGCCUGCAGCGAAAGGCGGAGGGCCCUGGCACGCCCCCCGCCCCGGACAGACCCACCUUCCUGCGGGACUUUUCCUCCUGGACUGAUGACAAGCAGAGGCAAGUAAGUUCCCCCCCGGUAGCCCCCCCAGCAGGCACCCCGCCCCUCGACACCCCCCCACCACCCCUAGGAGCCGCACUCGGGGGGGAAGGGGAGGCAGUGCAGGACCCUGCCACUCCUCCUCCUCCUCCCCCUCCACCUCCACCUCUUCCUCCAGCACCCCAGAGAUCUGGCAUGACCAAAGUACAACAGCCUCCCUGCCACCCUGCCCCACCCACCUCAUCUCCUCCCACUCCCCCAUCCUCCUCCUCAUCCUCCACCCCCUCAUCCACAUCCUCAUCCUCAUCCCCAUCCACCACCAGUGAGGAUGCCCCACCCGCCGCUCUUCCCCCAUCCGCCAUGCCCCCGGAGCCCCUCCCCAGCCUGGGCAAGUGUGUGUCAGCCAGGCUGGUGCCGGCUGGCCAGAAGGCUGCUGUGGGGCCUGGCAAGGUGGCAGCCCUGGAGCAGGUGACGGUGCUGCCCAGCCUGCCGGUGGCCGUCAAGACCCCAGCAGCCAUCAGUGUGGUGGGGCCGGGGUUCCCGUCCCCCCUGGCCGUCUCCCGGGUGCCCCAGGCCGUGACCCUGUCCUCGGUGAGCAGUGGUGCUGUGGUGACCAGUGGCCCCAAGCCCCUGGACCCCGCCACUCUCAAGUGUGGCCCCAAGCAGCUUUAUAUUGCUCCAAAGCCUCCCACCUCCUCCUCCGCCUCCUCCUCCCCUGCACCAGGCCUGGCCGCAGUGCCCCCUGCCACCCAGUUGUCCAUCUCAGUGCUGCCUCCCGGCACACAGAAGCCUUCCCCCAAGCCAGUACAAAUUGCUCCCAAGCCCCCCUCCUCUGCCCCCCACCUGCACCCUGGCACCCCCAUGCUGGCCCCUCAGGCCGGCCCGAUGCUGCAGGCCCAGGUGCAGCCCCUGGGCCAGGCGGUGCACACGGUGCAGGCCAUGCAGGCCCUGCCCCAGCCCAUCCAGACAGUGCAAGCCAUGGCCCACGGGGUGCCCAUGCAGGCCGUCAUCACCCAGGCUGUGCUGAACCCCACCCACCUGGUCACCCCCUCCUCCCCUGCCAAGAUUGUCACCCAGCCCGUGUUUGUCACCUCCCCCACACCCACUGCCACCCCUUACACCCUCACCCCCCAGCAGGGUGCUCCCCACCACCACCACUUGGCAGGUGGUGUGGGGGCUGUGGCCCGGGUGCUGGCCCCUGCUGUGGUGGGCAAGGUGUCUGCCAAGCCCCAGGCCCUGGUGGCCUCCAAGACCACCGACACCUUGGUUAGCCUGGCCCCCAGUGGCGGGGUGCGGCCCAUGGUGCCCUUGGGCCAGGUGGCAGCGCCGCACCACCACCACCACCACCACCACCACCAGCACGCUGCACCACAGAUCCUCACCGUCAAUGUAGUGCCGCUGGCCACCACACACGUGCAGACCAUGGCAGGCCAGGCCAGCCUGCUGGCCAAGCCCAUCACCACCACCCUCACCCAACACCAACACACACUGCUGCCCGCUGCCGCCGCUGCACCAGAGGCUGUGUCCUGUGCUGCUGCCACCCUCCUCUCCACCACCACUGCCACCACUACCAUCACUGCCACUGCCACUGCUACCACUACCACCACCACCACCACUGCCUCAUUACAAGUUACUGGUGGGGGUGGUGGUGUUACAAACACCUGCCUGAGUAGUGGUGUAGCCCAGGGUGCACUACUGUCAGGCACAGUACAUGGCACCACUACCACUGUGCAGGAAACACCACAGACAGGCACCCCUGCUAAUGGUAGAGGUGGUGGUGGUGGUGGCGGUGGUAGCGGUGAUGGUAGUGGUGGCAGUGGUGGUGGUGGUGGUGGUGGAGGAGGAGGAGGAGGAGGAGGAGGAGGAGUAGGAGUAGGAGUAGUAGUAGGAGGAGGAGAGGGACAGAUAGUUCUCUCCACCAAGCCACCGCCACCACCACCACCACUACCGCCACUGCCACUGCUGGGGGACAAGGCAGUGGGUGGAGGCAGUGUGCUGUGUGGUGGCCAGGGUGUGGCAGCGGUGUGCACCACCGGCGUCACCACCACCAAACCACUCAGGCCAUGCACCACCACGCCAGCCACUGCCACCACCACCUCUGCAAACACCACCUCCACCACCACUACUGCCACUACCUCUACCACCACCACCGCCACUACCACUGCCACUACCACCGCCACUACCACCGCCACUACCACCGCCACUACCACUGCCACUACCACCGCCACCACCACCGCCACCACCACCGCCACCACCACCGCCACCACCACUGCCACCACCACUGCCACCACCACUGCCACCACCACUGCUAACACCACUGCCACCACCACCACUAGCAGCCCGGUGCUGCAUAACCACGUGGAGGGCGUGGCCAACACACCAUGCAGUGCGGAGAUGGGUGAGGUGGGACGGGGCAUUGCUGCAGCCAAUGUGCGGGUGACUGAGGUGUGCAGGGCUGGCCACAGGAACAGCUGCCCUGCUCCCACCACAACCCGGGGCACCUCCCCUGCUCUGAUACCGUGCCGACCAUCACAAAGCCCCUGCCCCGUCACCAUCACCACAAUAGGUGGGGCGCCACAGCCUGUGUGGCCCUCCGCCCUGGCCCAUCGCGUGUCCACUGUCACCCGGCCACCUGGCUUGCCUGUCAGGCUGUCUUCAAGCAUCAGCAUCACACACCACAAGGUGGGGGCAGGGCGGGGCUCCUGCCCUGUGCCCCUGCAGCCACGGGACACCAUGGAGAGGGCCGCUGGGGGCGGUGCAGUGGUAGGUGGCAGGCCGCGGCCAAUAGUGGCUGCCGCCAGGGUGGACAUCAGAAAGGUGGAGCGGCCGGCUGCUGUUACCACUGAGCCCUGCUCCACCAUCCCCACCCCGAGUGUGUGCCCCACCCCAACCCCACCCACCACAGCUGUGGAUGCCUCCACCCACACUGCCCUGCCCCACCGGGAUCAGGACCAGGCCACCCCCACACCCAGGAAUGAGGUGGAAGCCAGUCUGGCUAAGACAAAUCUGGCAGAUGGCCCCCACCCCGGCGAGGAGGAGGGCCGGGCCGGGGACAAGACAGCAGCAGCAGCAGUAGCGGUGGUGGCCAGCAUGAAUGGGCGGGAAGAGGGGGAGGCGGAGCGGGGUGGGCGGCGCAAGGAGCCCCUGCUGAGGCGCAGUCUGUUCAGGACUAAGAGUGGCGAGGAGAAACGUGGCGGCGCGGCAGCCAUCUACCGCACCAGGACGUCUGAGGUGAAGCGGCCUUCAGGGGCCUUCUCCCCCCUGCAUGAGAGCAGCGUGUACGCCUUUGAGCUGGAAGAGGCACGGCCCGAGGAUGCUCUGCCCUUCUCCCAGCGCAUCAGGAACAUCCAGCCCUCACCCUCAACCUCACCUGCCGCCUCACCUGCCAAACCCACCGCUGCCACCACCACCGCUACCCUCACCACUGCCGCCAACACCACCAAUGCUGCUGCCACUACUGCCAAGCCGGUGCCUCCUGUGCCCCAGCAGCCCCCUGCCAGGACUCCUGUGCCGGGCAUGAGGAGCCCCGUGGUGCGCCUGGCCCCCCUCAUUGUGGGUAGACCGCGCCCCUCAGUGGGAGUGCUGCCCCAGCCCCUUGCUGUAGGCAAGAAGACCACCACCACCACUGCUACUGGCACCACCACCACUGGCACCGGCACCCAGCCUAUAUUGGCCAGUAGGGCUGCUGGGCCCACUGUGCCAGACAACACUACAAUGCCGCCCAAAGGUGCCACCAAGACCACCAAGUCGCCCCCCACCACACCCCAGGAGGGGACCAGGGUGGGGGCUGAGUCUGAGGACAAGGAGGCCGGCAGCAGUGGUAAGAAUGGCAGCAGCAACGGCAGCAGUAGCAGCAGUGGCAGCGGCAGCUGCGGUGGCAAGAAUGGCGGCAGGAGGAAUGUGAGCAGCGCAUCCAUCGCCAUCCAGUGUGACAUGGAUGAGGGUGUGGCGGCAGCGGCGGCAGAGGAGGGCGGUGUGCGGGCCAACGAGAGCGGCACGCAGACGGACGGCCCGGCCAAGUUCCCGCUGCCGCCCAACGCCUCACCCUUCUACUACCUGCCCCUGGCCAUGGCUGCCCUGGGGGAGAAGCUGCCGGCACAGCUGGUGCAGCAGAUGCUAGCCAAAACCCAGGGCCUGGUGGGGGCUGCUGAGGCUGGUAUGAUCCUGCAGCAGGCAGCACAGCUGGCCCAGCAACACCAGCAGAAGCUGCAGCAGGGCCUGGCUGCCCCCCCACCCAACACUGCUGCCGUCAAGCCCAUCAAGCCCCCCAUCACCCCCCUAGUGUCCACCAACACCACCACCACUGCUGCCGCCGUUAGGCCUCCCCCCAAGCCCCAGGAGUGUGUGGCAGCAGCAGCAGCAACAACCUGCUGCCCCACCACCACCAACACCACCACCACCACCAUUGGGACUGUGCCCACCCCAUCCACCACCACUGCCACUACCACCACCGCCACCACCACCACAGCCCUCACCACCACUGCCACGCUCACCACCACUGUCCCCUCUUCCACCACCACCACUGCCACCACCGUCACCACCCAGCCCAGCAUCACCACCACUACCGCCACCACCACCAUGAUACCGCCACACCCACCACCACCACCACCACCACAGCGGCCAUCACCACCACUGCUGCUGCCGUCACACAGGAACCGGAGAGCGAUGGGGCAGCGGGGCAAGCCGGGGCGGGGCAGGGCGCGGCAGGAGGGACGGGGGCAGGAGGAGGAGCAGCCCCCGACACGCAGGAGAAGUGGGCGAGCCACCACUCUGGCCUCCACCCGCGCCACGGAGUCAGACCUUCAGGAAAUUGAGGAACUGAGACGCAGCAGACGAGCCAAGAGGGCGGCCGUGGCCCUGGCCAAGGAAGAGGGCUGGAGCUCCUCCUCGGAGGCGCCCCUCAGCCCUCAGAUGUCCCCAGAUACCCUCAGGGGAUGGCCGCCCCCUAGGCUGACCAGCCCGACGCCCUCCCAGAGUUCAGAGGGCACCACCUCCUCCACACCCUCACAGCGCAGCAACCGCCUGUCUUCCCGCAGCCGCAGACAGUCUCCGGCCAGCACCUUCGACUUCAGCAUGAGUGCCAGUCGCAGCUCAGCCCCCAGCACCCCGGCCAGCCAGAGCAGCUUAGGGACAGGAGGGGCGAGUGGCAGCCUGGCCGACAAGACCCUGGCAGAUCCUAACGCUGGGUACACAUGUGACAACUCCAUCCUUACAAGGGCGCCCUCGUUCUUCCCAUCCGAGGAGGAAUUUACUGAUCCGCUUGACUAUAUAGAGAAGAUUAGACCAGAGGCGGAGCAGUUUGGGCUGUGUCGCAUUGUUCCACCUAGUAAUUUUAAGCCUGAAUGCCGCGUGAAUGACGACAUGCGUUUCACAGGCAACAACCAGUACGUUCAGAAGAUGAUGCAUCGCUGGGGGCCAAACGUGCGCACCCUCAGAGCCAUCCGUCGGUGCCUGGCAAAGCAGAACAUUGAGCUCACCACUAACCCCCUGAUUGGGUGCAUGGAGCUGGACUUGGUGCGGCUGUAUGAGGUGGUGGAGCAGCACGGGGGUCUCAUGUCGGUCAUCGAAAAUGAGCUAUGGGGUAAAGUGGCGGACGCUUGCAGAAUUCCUCGAUCGGCGCAGGAGAGAAUAACAAAGCUGGACUCGAUCUACUGCAAAUACCUCCUGCCUUAUGCCACGCUGUCCUCCAAGGAGCGAGAGGAGCUGCUGGCGGAGGUAGACACGAUCCACUCACGGAAUAUGGGCGAGAGUGGAGCCAAGAAACCCUCCUCUGCUGCCUCUUCCGAUAAUGAGGAGGAGGAGGAGGAGGAGAGCCUGGACUGCAUUGUUAAGGGGAAGAGCACCGCACUCAGCACAUUUUACCGCAUCGCUCGCAACACCGCAAGUCAGUGGCAGCCGGACCCAGCUAGCUUAGAGGUGGACGAGAGGUACUGGUCGCUGGUGUCGAACGGAAGUCAUCAUGUUUGUGUCCUCUCGGCAAGCAUAGACACCUCAGAACAUGGCUAUGGAUUUCCCAGUCAUCGCUCAUCACCACUCGCCAAGCACCCGUGGAACCUUAAAAACCUUUGUCAGAACCCCAACUCUAUUCUCAAGAGUAUGGGGACUAUUGUUGGAGUGACGGCACCAACGCUUCAUGUGGGCAUGUUGUUCUCCACUGUGUGUUGGUACAAGGACCCACACAGCCUCCCGUGGAUUGAGUACCUUCACACUGGAGCCUCCAAGAUAUGGUAUGGUGUUGCUGCCAGCCAGGAGGGGAAACUGUGUGCUGCGUUGAAGAAAAUGGUGCCAGAUUUCGUGAAGGACUCUGCUAUUUGGUUGCCUUCUGACACUGCAAUGGUCCCCCCGAGUGAGCUGGUGCGUGAGGGAGUGCGUGUGUGUCGAGUGGUGCAAGACCCAGGGCAGUUUGUUGUGGUGUUCCCUGGGGCCUUCACAUCCAGCGUCUGCAAGGGUUACCUCAUUUCCGAGAGUGCCUUCUUCGCGCGGCCUCAGUACUUCGACCGCGCUGUGGCUACUUUCAAGGCGCUGCGUGACUGCUGUGAGCCGUCUAUGUUUUCACUGGAGCGGCUGGUGCUCUCCGUGGUGACUGACCCCCGCAGCACUCUGGAUGGUCUGCUGCGUGCCCGGGAACUGGUGCUUCAGGUGGUGCAGCGCGAGAAGGACCUCAGGGCACGGCUGGCGCAGAUUGGUUUGGAGGCCAGUGAGCGUCUGUCCACACCCGACUCUCACCGCAAGAAGAAGAGCCGUUUCAUUGAGGACGAGGAGGAGAACAUGUGCGAAAUGUGCCGUCAAAACCUCUAUGUUGCUCUGGUGACAAACUCGCAGGAGGAGGCGGUGUAUUGCUUAGAACACGCCCUUACCUUUCUCAACAAGAACCCGGACCAUUUAGAAUACUGCAAGCUGAUGUACACUUAUAGCUUGUCUGAGCUGGACGGAGCAGUGAAGCAGAUGGAGGAACGCAUUCUGUUGAAGAGUGGCAAGAAGACUUCACCCAUUGGCAAGAAGAACAGGCAGAGGGAACACCUGGACUCCUUCAGCAGCACCAGCAGUUCUAACCUGUGAGGCGAGUGCUUCAGAACAGGUGUGAGAGAGAAUACCUGAAUGGACACAAAUUAAAGGUACACACACACACACACACACACACACACACACACACACACACACACACAGACACAGACCACAUGCAUAUUUUAAGUGUAUGUGUGUCUGUGUGUGUUUGUGUGUGUGAAUUCAUGUAUGAUUUGUAUAUAUUGAUACAUUGAAGCACAAAUGUAUAGAAGAAAGAAGGAUUUUAGUAUUAUAAGGGGAAGCAUGAAGGAAAGAAGGAAGGAAGGAAGGAAGGGAAGUUUAAGGAGCAGAAAUGUUUAUGAUGUGAAGGAAAUGUUGAGUAAGAAAUAGAAGGAAUAGAAUUUAUGUUAUUUUUUUAGGGUAGAUGAAAGUAUAUGGGAAAAAAUAAAGAGUUUGGUGUACUCUUGUGUGUAAAUAGGAAAGAAAAAUUACUGGAACAAGAGGAGGAAUAGAAAGUUAUGAUGUUUUCUAGUAAGAGAGAGAUAAAUGAUAGAAAAAUGUAGUGGUUGUAUUUGAUGAUGAAUACAAAUGACAACAAAAGGAAAAAGAAAAGAAAACUGAUGUAUUUUUCUGAUCAAGGAAAACAAAAAACAGAUACAGUGAAGAUAUUUUUCUUAAGAAUGAAACAAUGAGAAGAAGAAAAAAAGAAAAGAAAAGGAAGAGAGGAAGAAAAUAACAUUAAAUAAAAGAACAAAACAAAAGAAAAAAAAUUGUGAUAAAGAAAGUGCAAUGAAGAAAAAAAAAAGAUAAUAUUUUGAACUGUGUCUACAAACAAACAAACAAACAAAUAUCGGUGUUAAUGCAUAGCCAUAAUAAUAAUAAUAACAAUAAGUAAUAAUAAAUAAUAAUAAUAAGAGUAGUAAUGUGAGAGACGAAUGUAGUAGAGAAUAAUGGAAUAUUUUUUUAAUUUAUGUGUUUGUCUUCCAUAGAUCAGUAUAUGUUUAUGUUUUGUGGACCAGAGAGAGAGAGAGAGAGAGAGAGAGAGAGAGAGAGAGAGAUAUGAGUGUGUGUGAAAAGCAAGAAAAAAAAUUGUCAGAGAGAGAGAGAGAGAGAGAGAGAGAGAGUGUAUUAAAAGUAUAAAUAACAAAGAAGAAAACGCGAUCUUGUGUCUCGGUGACUUAAGACAAAUUUUUGCAUGUCCUGUAUAACCAUUGGAAUAGUUUUGUAUGUGUUUGUGACCCAUUCAACACACACACACACACACACACACACACACACACACACACACACACACACACACACACACACACACACACACACACACACACACA